AUGGAGAAAGUAUUUGUGGAUUCGGAACAGAGAGAAAGGGAAGUUGUGACUGGCUGGAGCUGCACUUUUGACAAAGGUCUCUGCGAGAGCUGGAUGACGAAAGAGGUCCUCAGUGAUAGCAUAAAAGAAGAUAUCUCGUUGGCGACUAGGAUACUUGAUGGAACGAAACCAGGCAACUGUUUUUGGUAUCACAUUUAUGGGCGAUCGGGAUCAGAACCCUCAAAAUUCGAAGUUUUGAUCAAUAAAAAUCCAAAGAAUAAAAACGCAGAGGGAUGGAGCAGUCUCUUCCAAGUGAACACGGAUGUUUCAAACGAUCGUUUCGAUUGGAAAUAUGCAUCUCUAAACAUAAAACCAGAUUUGGAGAAAGAAAAGGAUUGGAAAACAGUGCUUUUCGCGCUUAUUGCCCGCCGUGGAGGAGGAUAUAUUCCAGACAUUGCCAUUGACGAUGUUCAAUUGAGAUCGGACAAGUGCCCCGAAAUUCCUCCAAGACAGAAAAGCGAACAAGAACUCAAGGAAAUCGAAAAGCGAAUGGAGAACUGGAGUCCUCUUGGAACAACUCCAGCUGCACCUAUUAAAGUACCUCAGAAGGAUUUUUAUCGACAUGAAUUUUUCACGGCAGAGUUCAAUAUCAUAACAAAAACGAAAUCGGCAAGAGCUCCCAAAGAAAAGUCAUCGGAGAUCUGUUGCGGAGGGAAGGCGCAAGCUAGAUACCCAGGAGCUAAAUGUUGCGAACAAAAGAAAACAGUUUAUAAUCAUAACAAGUAUGAGUGCUGUGGCUCAAGAAUAUACAAACGCGGCGAUCUAAAACGAAGAAAUGAGUUUUGCUGUGGAGCUGUUGCAUAUAGCUUUGAAACAUUUCCCGAUGGAUGCUGCAAUCAACAACUACUCCAGGGUGGGAAAAGCUGCUGCAGCGUUACCCGCUGGAAAGAGCGUGUUUAUAACGAACAAGAUGAAAUUUGCUGCGACGGUGUUUUCUCUGCCUAUCUUUACCAGUGUAAAAUCACGAAAAAGGGAGAAAGGAAAGUACUGAAGCUGACCAACGAUCAGCGAAAAGCUAUGUUUGAUAUUGAUUUCCCUGGCGAGUACCGAUGGGUGAAUAAAGCUGCAUUCGCCGCGAUGGUGAAAGGAACUGGAAAGCACGUGAAAUUGUCAGAGGAUGAAUACGAAGAUUAUAUGCAGUCAAUACUCUCUCCUGGAGCACCGAUCUUUUAG